AGCAUACUUAGAUGUCAACGAACUGAAGAACAUACUCAAACUGGAUGGAUCCACGCACCUCAACAUCUUCUUUGCCAAUUCCUCUGAGGAAGAGCUGGCUGGAGUGGCAACUUGGCCCUGGGACAAGGAAGCCUUAAUGCAUCUAGGUGGCAUUGUGCUGAAUCCCUCCUUCUAUGGAAUCCCUGGCCACACCCACACAAUGAUCCACGAAAUUGGGCACAGCCUGGGGCUCUACCAUGUCUUCCGGGGAAUCUCUGAGAUCCUCUCCUGCAGCGACCCGUGCAUGGAAACAGAGCCCUCCUUCGAGACUGGGGACCUCUGUAGUGACACCAACCCUGCUCCCAAGCACAAGCUGUGUGGGGAUCCUGGGCCUGGCAACGACACCUGCGGGUUUCACAGUUUCCUAAACACGCCUUUCAGUAACUUCAUGAGCUACGCAGAUGACGACUGCACCGACUCCUUCACACCCAACCAAGUGGCCAGGAUGCAUUGCUACUUGGACCUCGUCUAUCAGAGCUGGCAGCCCACGAAGAAACCGGCUCCUGUUGCAAUUGCCCCCCAGAUUGUGGCUCGGACCUCCACCUCUGUCACCCUGGAGUGGUUUCCACCCAUUGAUGGCCACUUCUUUGAAAGAGAAGUGGGAUCAGCAUGUGAUCUGUGUGUGGAAGGAAGAGUCCUGGUGCAAUACGCCUUCAGCGCCUCUUCUCCGAUGCCCUGUGAUCCCUCGGGGCACUGGAGCCCACGGGAAGCAGAAGGCCACCCUGAUGUUGAGCAGCCUUGUAAGUCCAGUGUCAGAACAUGGAGUCCCAACUCUGCAGUCAACCAACACACGGUGCCCCCGGCCUGUCCCGAGCCUCAGGGCUGCUACCUGCAGUUGGAGUUCCGUUAUCCCCUGACUCCAGAGUCCCUCACAGUCUGGGUGACGUUUGUUUCCCCAGACUGGGACUCCAGCGGAGCAGUGAAUGACAUCAAGUUGCUCACCGUUAGCGGGAGGAACAUUUCUCUUGGGCCACAGAAUGUCUUCUGUGACAUCCCGUUGACAAUAAAGCUGGAUGCAGGACAAGUGGGCGAGGAGGUGUAUGGGAUCCAGAUCUACACUCUGGAUGAGCACCUGGAAAUUGAUGCUGCCAUGCUGAGCUCUGUCCCCAACAGCACGCUGUGUGCAGACUGCAAACCCAUCCAGUACAAGGUGGUUCGGGACCCUCCUUUCCAGUCUGGAUCUCCAGUUGUCAUCUCAAACCUCAGCAGGAGAUUUGUUGACACGGAGCUGAGCGACAGGACCACGUACACGUACCAGGUUGUCAUUGUUUCGGGGAUGGAGGAGAGUGAGCCUUCCCCUGAGCUUGUCUAUAUCUCUGGAAGUGGCUACUGUGGAGAUGGGAUCAUCCAAACAGAGCUGGGGGAAGAAUGCGACGAUAUGAAUAAGAUGAACGGUGAUGGCUGCUCCCUGUUCUGCCUGCAGGAGUUGUCCUUUAAUUGCAUUG